AUGCAUCAUUUGGGGUAUCUCUUCACCCCAAGCGACCCCAGCCGAGCCGAACCGUUCCAUCUGAAUAGCUGGAAAAUGGCUUUGGCAACGGAAACUGCGACGACCGCCCCAUCGGGAAAACUGUUUUCUGAAGGUACAAAUGUGAAGUAUGGGGAUUUCCGUGAUGAUCUGCUGCAAAAUGGGUUCGCAGUCGUCAAGGGCGCUGUUCCCCGCGAGCGGGCGCUGAAGUAUGCCGAUGGUAUCUAUGAGUGGCUAGAGGGCUUCAACCUCGGCUUCAAGAGAGACGACCCUUCAACCAUUCACAAAGACCACCUUCCCGAUAUCAACGAGAAGGGCAUGUGCUUGGGAUACGCCGUCUCCCACGAGUCCUUUACCUGGGCCGUGCGCCAAGAGCCUAAAGUCAUCGAAGCUUUCGAGAAGGCCUACAACACUCAGGAUCUCAUUGUGUCCUUUGAUUCCAUUGGUAUCGGUUUCCCUAAUCGCAAGGACAUUCAGCCAAACAAGCCCUGGCCGCAUCAGGAUCAAGACCCUGAGAAGCCGGGAUUCCGGUGUUUGCAGGGUCUGGUCAACUUGCUUCCUAAUGGGCCGAAUGAUGGUGGCUUGAUUGUAUGCAAUGGGGCGCAUUUGCUGAGCGAGGAGUUCCAUGAAGAAUUUAAGAAUGAGGAAGAUAAAAUUUGGUCUUGGACAAAAGAGUGGUAUGGCUUCACCGAGAAAGGUCUGAAGUGGCUGGAGAAUAAAGGAUGUGAAUGGAUCAAAAUUGAGGCGGAGCCUGGUGACCUUCUUCUUUGGGACUCCCGCACUCCUCACUAUAACGUCUCCUCCGAGACAACUCAACCACGCUUCUGUGUGUACACCUGCUUCAUGCCCGUCGCCGAUGCGACCAAGGAGCAGCUCCUCGUCAAGAAGAAGGCCUUCGAGGAGACCAAGAUGGCCACUCACUGGCCCAAUGCCAUGCACGUUGUCGACCUGCCCGUGUACAGAAAUGGAGAGGCGGACCCGUACCAGCGCUCUUCUCCUCGUGAGCCUGUGCAGCUCUCUGAUCGGGCCUUCAAGUUGACUGGUAUUCCUUAUCUUGAGCAAAUGGCUUGA